GAGGGCGAAGGAAUCGCCCCGAUCUGCGCAUGCGUGCUAACUGAAGGCUUUAUUCUCACUGAAACAUCUUGUGCGAGUGUCUGAGCUCCGCGCAAUAUGACUCAGGGGAACUCUGAUAUUAACUGUAAUUUAUUUCUGCUUUAGAAAUUCACGUUUUUGGUCACCAGAAGCUCUUUGGAGCUAAACGUGUCCGCAGCCCACCUGCCUCUGCACCGAGACUCUGCUCACAGUCGGAGUCAGUCAACCUGCUGACUGGCAUCCUGUGCUGAUCGUCUCGUCAGGAUCCACGGAGAACUUCACCUGGAAGCGAGUUCGGAUGUGGCAAGCAAACUGCAGACGGAUGCAUAACCUAGCAGACUGGGUUUCGGGUAGGAAAAGAAACCACUUUUUAUUAUUGUGUUGUUUAAAAUGCUAAUAAUAUUAAAGGUGGGCAACUAAUUAAUUAAUUUAGUCUCAUUUUACGUGUUUGUCUUUGAAUUAGAAACACAUAAUUGUAAUUUUUGUGUGUAUUUUUGACAAAUUUCUGCAAUAUCUGGAUGGGAAAAUCAUGACAAUUGUGGCAUGAGGUUGAGGCGCGUGCCCUGUCAGCUGGCAGUACACGUGACGUAAACAUCGCAGCUUGCCUGACCCCGCAGGAACGAAGAGUGCUGAGCUGUCAUUAUUCCCCCAUGAUGCACCUUUUCCUCCAUCAUCCUCGCUCUUUGUUUAAUUUGACCUGAUAACUGUAAGUGAAGUAUUUUGUAUUUGACUAAAUGUAAAAUGAGUGAUGAUGGAUUCUCUCCCUGCUGUGGCGUGUAGGGACAGUGAUGGGAGGCUGUGUGGGGAGGAGUAGGAUGGAUGGACAAGGGAGUGCCCGCAGCUCGACAAGAAGCAAAAAACGUGGAGGUAAGAGGCUGGAACAUGCUGAGCUGCAGUCUGUUACAUGCUGAAAUAAGCACAUGUACAGCUCUAGUGCAUCAUAAACACUGCUGCACAAAGACACCUGCCUUUAUAUUAAGGGAGGAGGCAGUGUCUGUGUAUAUAAGUAUAUUAUUUAUGCUGAGUGAGUGCUGUUACAAGUAGGAUAUUAGGUGGAGCUAAAAUGGGGCCUGAGCUUGAGGGAGCCUUUAAAUAUUCUUCUUUUAGAUUAUUAUUUUAUCAUUACUGAGGGGGAACAGCAUUAAAAUGAGAGUGUUACACAUCCUGAUACAUUAGAGUUAUUUAUAUCAGGCUAAUGUUGAAGCCAGUUUAACUCAGAUACCACUGACCUUAAUAGUGCAAAAGAAGGUAAAACUGUAAUAUGUAAAAACCACCCAUGUGAGCUAACAGUGAAGCUAAAAUGCAGCAUUCUUGGCUACACCCCUGUUUCAUCGACAUCCUCAGACUAAAAGCUUCCUGUGUCUGACUUUAAAUGCUUCAGAGCUCAUCUGCUCCUUCCGAUCUGUGCUCUGGAUGAGCUCCGAUAGGACUGUGUUUAUAUAAACACGUCCAUUUCUUGUGAAGAAAAAAAAAAAAGCUGCUGUGCACUCAGCUGGAUUGUCAUGCAUUAUGUAUUGAGCAGCAGCCGCAGCAGCAGCAGCAGCUGAGAUCCUGGGAGCUGGAAGUUUUUAUCUGAAAGUUUGACCUACUUGGUGCACGAUUUGCCUCAUGUUGACCGGUUGCUGAGCAUAUUUACAUGCGAGGGAAAGAUCUCAUUUACCUGCCAGACAGAGAAGACCUCUGGGAUCAUGUCUGUGAAGGUUCCCAGUCAGCUGUGUCAUCAUGGUGAUUCAAAGCUCGAUCCAUAAAGCAAAUAAACUAGGUUGGAGUUCUUGAAAAACAAGCAAAGUUGCUUUCUGAGAAUCAAGCCGUGGGAUCAUAUCUAUCAUUUAGAGGGGGUUGUAGACAGAGGAGGAAACAGGGAAGAGAGAUUGAGAAAUAACACACAAUACUAGGCUAUAGGUCAGAGUCAAACCUGGACCGCCCACUUUGAGUACGGUAGUCUCUGCACAUGGGGUGUGAUUCAAUCUCUGAGCUAAACCAUAGCCCCCAUUAGUUGAUCUUUUCUGAUCUCUUUGGAAGUAAACAACAGUAAAGUAAACCACCAAAAAAGCUCCAAGGCAUCUAGACGGUGCAACUUAUUUUGUGCACAAAGAAGCACAAUAAAGAUCCAGUGCGUCAAUCUUGCAGUAUAUACACAAUUAUCAGAAUUUAAAGCUCCUGUGACGGAUUUUUAGCUGGUUUUGAAAUAGGCUCUCUCUCUUUUGUUCCCUCUCUAUGAGCUACAAAACCAAAUGAAAUCAUAAUCAACGAGGUAAAUUAUUUAUGUUUGUUACUUUAAAUGUCUGGAGGUGCCUGCUAAGAGGUAGGUGUCAGAUGGAGUGUUAAAUAACAUGCUGUCUAGCAGUCUUUGUUAACAUUUUCCACAGCCAUAACUCUCUGAAGUGAUUUGUUUGACUACCAGGAGAAGUUUCAGAAGAAAAGGAAGCUUAUACUCGUACAAUAAAAAAAUCUGUAAAGAGAUUAGAGGUACCAGUUUGUUCAGAGGAGGGACCAAAACUGACAAAACAAAAGUUAGUCAUAGGAGCUUUGAGUUUCAAAGAACACAGUGUUUUAAGAUUAUGUUUUUCCCUUUUUCAUACUGCACAUAGUCCAGUCUAUAAACUCACUUUUGCAGCUAUGUUAAAUAUUAUCAGUUCUCUGCCAUCCCAAAAUCAAAAGACACAUCCAACAUAUUAAUAACAACAACUAUCUGCAACUCGAGGACAUUUAUUGAAUGGUUGUAAAAUACUAAAUAGUAUGAAUUUUUUAGGUCAGAAACUGUAGCUGUGAAUUGUUCGAUCUUCUCAUUAAUCCCAAAUGAAAUGUGUGUCGAGAUAAAUCGUUUUUUUACAAUGAUACUCACACGUUUCUUCCAGCUGCAUUCACACUAAUGCAUAGAGUAAGAUAAAGACAACAUUAAUGAAGCUCCUGUGAGGAGUUUUUAGGUGGAUAUUUAGCAAACUGAAAUAAUACUGAUGUCUCUGAAUGAGCCAUGAAACCAAACAAGAUAAAAACUGAUAAGAUUUCCGUAGUUUCUGAAACUAUUGCCAUGGGAUAGGCGUCAGAUCAGCAGUUAGUAACUGUCAUUUUGUCUAAACUGGCUUCUAUUUGUCAUUGUCAGCAGUAAAGAUUCACACUGACUAACAUGUUUAGCUGUUUGGAGAAGGCAGAGUGGGUAAAUUUGUUAAAAUCACAGCUUAUAUACGAACAGGACAAAACAAGCAAACUGAUAAGACCUGAGGAUAUGUCCUUGUGGAUCACCGAAUUGACACAAACUCACAGUUCCUUACAGCAGCUUUAGAUUGUCCUACUUUAGUACUGUAAUCAUCUUUUCUCAGUGUUUUCUGCAGAGCUCUAAUUUACUUUAGUUUUUUGUUUCUCCAGGUGAAUUUUUCAGAUUAAGUACUGUUACUGUAUUAGCACUUCUCAGACUUUCUAUUUCUGAGACCUGAGAUGCAAACAUAGCCGACCUGUAACCACCUGCUCUGGAAAUGCAGUGUCUAAGAAACUGAUUUGCAUGUGUUCGUAAAUAGUGCGUCUUCGUGGAGAAAGAGCUCAGGGAUGUAAAGUAACUUCUCCUGCCAACAGACUGUAAUAUACUCAAAGGGCUUUAAUGUCUGUUAAUAGGUUUAGCAUGUAGCCCUGGGUGCCUGGGUAUUUCUAUCCUGUCUCUGAAUAGAGCUGAUAGGAUUAGGCCUCUUGUGUAAAGAUACUACCUUCUGGCAAGGACGUUCCUUGAACUCUCCCCAUACAGUAAACCUUCUUCCAUGGACUGAUCCUGGGGUAUAUUUUUGGGUCGUGAAGUGUUUGUUAUUAGAAAGGAUAUAAGUGGAUGGUCAGCGGUUACUUUUAAGAAACUGGGGAAGUGUCAUCACGGUCAACACAUCUCUUGAUCUGCAUGUGGCUCCAAACUAGAUCAAGGGGUUGUCUCAUUCUUGGGUUGCGGCGCUGAAGGCAGGACUGUUUGUUUCCUCAUGGUUUGCUGCUCGUUUCUUAAUUAAUGCAGACUUUAAACUGACUCGCAUCAACUCAAACCGAGAACAUGGGAGUACCGAACUCCAGGGAAUACAACUACCACCACGCCCCAAACACACCUUUUAAGAUUUUUCUGAAAAGUAAGUACGAGUUUUUAUUUUGGAAGAAGAAGACAGGCUUUUACUGUGCUCUUAUUUAAAGUUUGCAGCUCCCGGUGUUGUGUUGUAGUUUGUCUCAGAGGGUUUUUUGCUUUUAAGAUUGUGUGUAAUGGGGGAGUUGGUUUUAUUAUAUGAGUUUUUUCUCCUUAUUUUCCUGUCUUUAAAAAAAAAAUAAAAAUGUAUGAUAUACUGCACUGAAAAUCAAAUGUCCUCAAUUGCAUAAAAACUCAGACAGAUAUUUGUAAGUUAUUUGGAUUUGAGUCGAGAUGCAGAAUCUGAUUUUUAUUUUCUCGCCUUUAAUUUCUUGGUCUGUCCACCAGAAGUCAUUGAGCUUAAAUGCGUCACCUUGAUUCACCUACUUCAUUUGAAUUCAAUAAGCUUAAGCUUCCAGGUAGCCGAGCUUACACUUCAGGACACGUCUUCACAGCUGACCUCUUCCUACAUUUACACUCCUCACUAUGCAAACAGUCUGGAUCAGUCACUUACUGCCCAUGAGGUAAAAUAACAAGCAGUCCUGGCUGAUAGCCCACAGCUUCUCUCAAGCUACAACCCCCCAAAAAGGCAUAUUUUAAUCAAACCUCAUGAGUUUUUACACACCAGAGACUCAAUAUUGGAUUAUCUGUCUCUGUCAUUUGCACAUCAGACAAUUAAUUCAGUCUAGCUUCCUGUCUCUGUCAGGUUGUUUAUUGUGAAUCCAGGUGACCUGAUUAUUUGCAUCUGAUUUGUUAGUAUUCACUGUUAUGCUCCUUACAGCUUCCUGUUUAAAGACGUGCCUAAAAACAUGCUACAUAAAUAAACUUGUCUUGCCUAAUGAAUGCCUAAUGUGAAAUGCAUGUACAAGAAUGAAUACAAAUGCAGCGUAACUUCCUGGUACUUUGUCCAGGAUAUGAUUUCACUCAGUGUUUGGGUUAACAAGAAAUACAAAAGCAGAUCUAGACUAUAAAUAAUGAAUGCAACUAUCUCUUAUGAGACAAAAUCCAACUAAUUUAUGCACAUCCAUCUUUUUUUUAAUGCAGUCGAGGGCACUUUCUUAAAACUGGCCCCUCAUGCCCACCGUAGUAACACAGAUGUAGGCAGUUGUGUUAUUUUUGACAUGAAACAUUUAGUUUCUUGCGUAAGUUUAGAUUUGUCAUUCUCUAAAAGGGAUGUAUUGUUAUAGAUCCGUGUCUUUGUUGUGCUUGCUGUGUUAGACCUGGGUAAGUCAGCGAGUGAGUUUUCGCUGGCUUUCAUUGGCCGACGGGUGCUCAUCUCCCCGACCAAUGCCUUAUGAGAUGGGGGCAGAUAAAUCCUGUUAUGUGAAACCUGAUUACUGCCUUUAAUCCACUGCUGUGCUCUUGUGUGUGUGUGUGUGUGUGUGUGUGAGUGUGAGUGGAUGUCGGUGCACAUGGACGUGUUACUAGCCAUCGCAGUAAUCCACAACACUAUAAAUAAUCGUUUUUAUUUUCCUCCUGCUGUCACUCAAACAGUCCGUCUCUGUGUGCCGGUUUGUGUGGAAGAAACAGAAAUAGGAGUGUGGAAACUCCUGCAGUAGGUGUGGAAAAUAGACUUGUGUGAAAUGGGGGCGUUUUGACCCACAGCAGGCUCAUGCGUGGUUGUUACUGGCUUCAAUUUGUCCUCAUAGCAAAGGUUCUAGUGUUGAAUGCUGCAGGUAAAAGAGGACGGCAUAAUGUGAAUUUUUAAGAAGUUGUAGACGAAUACUGGGAUUCUUUAGUUUAGGAGUCUGAGGUUGUCUGAGUCUUAUGGUUUUAGCCACAUUUAGCCGCCCUGAUGUAUCUCAGAUGAAGUCAGUACCAUGUUUUAUUUGUUAAUCGUUAUUCUGGUCCUUGCGCCAAAAUAAAACGCUUUUUUUUUUCGAUACUGCCCACUUCAAGGACCAUAGCCUCUGCGCACAGGGUGAUCUAACCACUGAGUUAAAGCAGCACCCUGUUCAAAAAGAAGUCUAAAAUAUGUUUAAAACUCUGACAAAUCUUCUUUGAUUUGUAAAUUCAGAAAAUCAAAGCUCUGCUUAAAGCAGUGCAUCAAUCUCACCUCUGAAUUACAUAAUGUUUCAUCACGCUUGAAGGUGAGGACAUGGUAAACAGCUCAGUGACCUGGACUAACCUGGCAGAGCCUAACUAUCAGAUUUUUGGUGUCGGUGGCCUAUAAUCCCGUUUAAAGAGGAUGUUUUAGCCACACUGUUACAGUUUCAGAUCAGACACAGUCUCCUUUUUUUCUUUCAGGACGUAAUGAACCCCUCAAGAAAGAGCGCCCUAAGUGGAAGAGUGAGUAUCCAAUGACGGAGGGCCAACUGAGGAGCAAAAGAGAUGAGUUUUGGGACACAGCCCCGGCUUUUGAUGGGCGGAAAGAGAUCUGGGACGCACUCAGAGCAGCUGCCCUGGCAGCCGAGUGCAAUGACCUGGAGCUAGCUCAGGCUAUAGUGGAUGGAGCCUGCAUCACUCUGCCGCACGGUACGAACCCACCCACAGGCACACAUGACGACAAACACAUGAGAUCAAAAUGUGCUCCAUCCAGAUAUCACUGUAAGCUGUGAAUGUCCUGGCACUUGCAGCACAGUCGCAAAACUCACUGUUGUAAUUCUCCAAAUGUCAAAGGGCAGUUUGCAGAGUCCCAUGCAUCAGUUGUGCAGAGAUUACUGCUGUAAUAGUUACAUAAUAGUCGCAGUGCUGCGUGACCACUGUGAAUGGAUUGGUCCACAGAAAGCAUGACAGAGUUAGACAGAACAGACACACACGCAUAUUUAUCUGUCAUACAGGGAAGAUGGAGCUUUUCACCAUUUUCAGUUCAAGGACACUGGUGUUGAUGAUUUAAUGAUGAUGUAGGAAAAUCCAGAAUAAAAACGAGGGCUGUAUUACCCCCUGCUGUAUCAAAGCUGUCAGUGAGGAGAGCUACACAUGUGUAUCAUCAUUAACAGUAAGUAGCUGUUCAAACUUACGGUUCAUAUUCUCCCUCCUCAGGCUCCCUCACAGAGAGUUAUGACGAACUGGGCAACCGUUACCAGCUGCCGGCGUACACUUUGGCUCCGCCCGUCAACCUGAUCAGUGAAACCUCCUCUGACAACAAAGUGACGGAGACCACCCAGAAACAAAACCAGCCUCCUCUGUGCAGGCAGGAGUUCCAGCUGAGGGUCCGACUCUCCUCAGGUCAGGAAACACACACACACACACACACACACACAUACACACACACACACACACACACUGAGAAGGAAAGAUGGGUGAAAAAAAAAGAGAAGGAGGAAAGAAAGAAAAAGUAAAGAAAGAAAGAAAGAAAGAAGUGGAAAACAGACAGUGGACAAAUAGAAAGGAGAAAAACGACAGACCAAAAGAAAAAAGACAAAGAAAGAAAGACAGAAAAAAAGGAAAGAAAGACAAAUAGAAAGAUGAAGAAAUACAGGAAAGGAAGACUGAAAGCCAAAAAGAAAAAAGAAAAGGAAGAUAGACAAAAAGAGGAAAGAGGAGAAGGAAAACCGAAAAGAAAGAAGAAAGACAAAAUGAAAAAAGGAAAAGGAAAGCCAAAAAGAAAGGAAGGAAGAAAGAAGAAAAAAGAAAGAUGGAGAAGAAAGGGAGGAAGAAAGAAAAAAAGAAAAAAAAGAUGUAGAAGAAAGGGAGGAAGAAAGAAAAAAGAAAGAUAAAGAAGAAAGGAAGAAGAAGAAAAUAGAAAGAUAUAGAAGAAAGGAAGAAAGAAUGAAAAAAGAUAGAUAGAUAGAUAGAUAGAUAGAUAGAUAGAUAGAUAGAUAGAUAGAUAGAUAGAUAGAUAGAUAGAUAGAUAGAUAGAUAGAUAGAUAGAUAAGAACCAGUGAAAGCUCUGAUAAUCAGAGUAUAAACAUAUAAUAAAUACAAAUCAUUAAUAUUGGGAUGUGGUGUGACAUGUUACAGCUGUAGAGAAGAUCCAUGUGCAGGAUUGUCUGUAAAAUCUUUAAAACUUCAUGUUGUUUCCACAGUUUCCACUGUGCAUGUGACAUUUUAAACAUUUCAAAGCCCUGUGUCUUCUCUCGCUGGAGGCUUAUUCAUAAUUCAGAGCGGCUCAGUCUCUCACAGCGUGCUCAGAAAUCUGUGUCAACUCUAUUUCUGCCUCGCUGUGUUCACAGGGAAGGACGUGCGCCUGACAGCCAGCAUGGCCGACACCAUCGCUGAGCUAAAGAAACAACUGGAGGAGCACGAAGAAAUCGAAAUCAGCCAUCAGAGGUGGUUCUUCUCCGGGAAGCUCCUGACCGACAAGACCCGCCUGCAAGACGCCAAGAUCCAGAAGGACUACGUCGUCCAAGUGAUUGUCAACACAAGCCCUCCAGUCAUAGCUAACUGAGGCCUGAGGAUUAUAAAAGCACGUGCCAGGAAUAGGAGCUAGGGUUUUAAAACCACUUUCAAGUUGGUACUGCAGUUGAACUUUGUGUACAUUUUUAUAUAAGAAAAUAUUGCUUUUAUAUCGCUCCUUUUUGUAUUUUUUCCUUUUUUCCAAACGAAGUAAGAAUAUUGAAAAGCACUGAAACACUUUAGAGUAGAAGUAGAGUCCUAAGAUGCACACCCCAGUGUCUGUUUGUCUGUCUGUCCGUCUGUCUCUCCGUCUUACUGUUUUGUGUUGACAUCAACUCACAGCUCUAUUGUUUACACUGGUCCCCCUCCUUGUUAUGUGUUUGUAUUUGUGCUAAAUUGAUAAACUGAAUAUAAUUCACACAGGGACCUGAGUAAGGAAAAUCUAUUUUCUCUUUUUCUUCUUCUUCUUUUUUAAGAUUUCUUUCAUGCCAUUUAAAAGUAUUGUAAUUAUACUGGCAGCAAACUGUAGAAAAAGAAGAUGUAAAUACCAGUUUCCCUUUGUGUUGUUUGAUCAUGUAUUCAUGUGCACUCUACAUUUUCAAUCACAGCUGUAUAUUCAUUAUAAAGACACAGAAUGUAACGACAGCACCUUCUAAAAAGGCAAGAAGAGACGAUCAGAUCCAUUUUUUAUGUCACCUCUCCAAACCAGAUACUGUAGUCGUAUGUACAAUAUGAUGCUCACUGUACUUGAAUAAAUUAUCAAUAAAUAUUGUAAAUUUAAAGUCA